AUGGGGCGAGCAGACCCAGCGAGGGGCUUCUUCGCGGGCUGUAUACAACAGACGAGACCGCCACUUUUGAAGGCCGAACUCCGAUCACCAGCGCUCCCUCUAUCCAGGGUCCCAAUAGUUGAGGAUGCGCAACGCAAAAUGCACAAUAGUGUCUAUCAACUGGGGGCAUUCUGGGUGUUGUUCGCCGUUUUAGGCAAAAUGCUGGCAACGUGUUCCAUCGAGCAGGCCUUGUGGCACGAACUUGACUCUCGAUUCGUUCGCGGGCUCAGAUGGGUGAAAAAACGUCGCAGUAAAUAUUCUGAAUAUUCGAUAAAAUUGAACGGUGGAAGCUGUUUUUGGGUUUUGCGUCGAGUCGAGCGCAGGGCCUUGUGCUCAAACCAACUUCGACCCGACAACUUUUCUCUCCUCUCCCGAGUAUCUGCAAACAUGUCCUACGCCUCUGCAAACUUGAAUACCAACACCAGCGCACUCCCUGACGCGCACAUCAAGGCCACCACCGACCCCGACAAGGCCAGGAAGGAGCGUGCAAAGGACAAGCUGCACAAGGCCGAAGCAGAGGGUGAACACCUCUGGGCAGUCGUCCAGGAAAAGCUUUUCCAGCCUGCCGUAGCUGGUGGAUUGUUCUCUGUCGAAUACCGCAGCGACUACAAGGUCAUUGGCAGCUCCGUAGUCGGAACACUGCUCCUGUUGGGAGCCGAAGGCUCUAUGGCCGAAGCAUAUCUCCAGACUGAAGAAGGUCAACGCGAGAAGCGACGUGCUCAGGAAGAGGGUUCUGCCCUCUACCGCCAAACCAGAGAGUCAAUGUGGGUAUCAUUGGUGGCUUGGGUUACCUCUCCUACAUUCACUGGAACGACCCUGUCUGGGAUCGCCGCUAUGUCACUGGAAUCACUGCCGGAACCGCCGCAUUGUUUACUGCCCAAGG